UGUUCGCUGGACAAGGCACACGAAAUGGCGUCUGCUGCAGAUUACAACAGUUACAGUCAGGCUGGAGGCCAGCAAGGCUACAGCUCCUAUGCGGCCCAGCCCUCGCAGGGAUAUGGACAGACCACCCAGCAGUCAUACAGUCAACAACAAAGCUAUGGUUCAUACACCCAACCAGCGGAUUCAACCUACUCCCAGAGUGGCGGCUCUACAAGCACUUACGGCCAGCAGGCCUAUGGAUCAUCCUAUGGACAGCAACCACCAGCCAGUGGUGGUUAUAGUGCCACUCCAGCUGCACCGCAGGGCUACAGUCAGACAGUGCAGGGAUAUGGAGCUGGCAGCUAUGAUGCUUCCACUGCUGCUGCAGCUGCUGCUGCUGCUACCACCUCCACUAGCAGUAAUCCGACCUCGUAUGCUGGGCAGGCCAGCUACGGCGCUCAGUCUGCAUAUCCUGGAUAUGGGCAACAGCCUGCUUCUGCUGCACCUCCUAGUUACAGUUCUGGCAGCCAGCAGCCAUCUGGAUAUGAGCAGAGCUCAUAUUCUCAGCAGCCCCAGCAAAGCUCUUACUCUCAGCAACAGCAGGGAGGCUAUGGGCAGCAGAGCUCCUACAGUCAGCAGGGAGCAUAUCAGCAAGCUCCUCCCCAGCAGCAACAGGCUCCACCUUCCAGCUACGCUCCACCUUCUGGAUCCUAUGGACAGCCCCCUGCUAGCCAGUAUGGACAACACGGCAGCACUGGAGGUGGCUAUGGCCAGUCAGAUUACAAACCAACUAGUCAGUAUGGUAAUUACAGGCAGGACCAUCAGAACGGCAUGGGCAGAGGCGGCUACUCGGGCCCUGAAUCCGGAGGAUAUGGGGGCCCUGGAGAGGGCCGUGGCAUGGGAGGGGGGGAGAACCGCGGGCGCGGCCGGGGUGGGUUUGACCGGGGCAUGAUGCGAGGAGGUGGUGGCAUGCGAGGGGGCAUGAGCCGAGGAGGCAUGGGCAUCGCUGGAGACAGAGGUGGCUUCAGUAAGCCUGGUGGAAUGGAGUCCAAUUUGGGACGUCCAGAGGAGCAAGAUGACUCUGAAAAUAGCACUAUCUACAUCACUGGGCUGACUGAGAAUGCUACAUUGGAGGAAAUGGCUGACUUCUUCAAGCACAGUGGAAUCAUUAGGAUAAACAAACGUACAGGCCUGCCCGCCAUCAACCUAUACACAGAUAAAGACACGGGGAAACCUAAAGGUGAUGCCACUCUGUCUUAUGAGGAGCCUCCAUCUGCUAAGGCAGCAGUUGAGUGGUUUGAUGGCAAAGAUUUCCAGGGCAAGAAGUUGAAGGUGUCCAUGGCUCGACGAAAGCCCAUGAUGGGAAUGAUGCGAGGGGGCAUGCCAAUGAGGGGAGACCGAGGUGGCAUGAUGGGACGAGGAGGAAUGAUGGGUCGUGGAAUGGGCAGAGGUGGGGAUCGAGGAGGCUUCAUGCCCCGCGGGGGUCCCAGGGGAAUGGGGCGUGGAGGACCAACUGGAGCAAACAUGCAGCAGAGGGCAGGCGACUGGCAGUGUCCAAAUGCGGGAUGUGGAAACCAGAACUUUGCCUGGAGGAUGGAGUGUAACCAGUGCAAGGCUCCCAGACCUGAAGGCUUUGGACCUCCUCCCUUCCCCCCUCCAGGUGGUGACCGUGGUCGUGGUGGCCCGGGUGGGAUGCGUGGUGGCCGUGGUAUGGACCGUGGUGGGCCAGGCGGACCUGGAGGCUUCCGUGGGGGUAGAGGUGGAGACCGUGGAGGCUUCAGAGGUGGCCGUGGCAUGGACAGAGGCGGCUUUGGUGGAAGGGGUCGAGGAGGGCCUCCUAUGGAUGACAUGGGAAGAAGGGGGCGAGGAAUGGGACCACCUGGCAAAAUGGACAUGAAGGUAGACCAUCGUCAGGACCGGCGAGAGAGACCGUAUUAAGAGACUCCUCGCUGGCCAAAACCACCUUUCACUUUUCAAAUUAUUUUAAACUUGUAUUUCCAUAUUUAUAAAUGUUUAGUAUGGAACUCUUUACUGCUUUGCCGUUUAACGUGUUUUUGUGCUCUUUAUUCUGCUUAAGAACUGUUAAUGAAACCAGAUGCACAUGGAAAUGCAGGGUGUUCAGUGUGCCAUUUGGGUUUGUCAGAAAUGUAAUUGUGGAACUAUGUGAAGGUUAUUUUUAUUUUUUUUAUCCCAAUACCCCUCAUUUGCUUUACUCUGCUUUCCUGUGUGAAAAUGUUGAAUAAAAAAAAACAUGAAAAAC